UAUUAAGCGAUCUAUCCAGCCAUCGACUUGGUCUGCCUCGUCAUAUUAUCGAGAUCGCGUCACAUUCCUUAUCAGCACCCGGUCGAUCAAGAUUGCGCCGCUGAGAUAGGCUCAGGCGCAUGAACAGUUGAAAUACCCGGACAGGUUCCACCAAACCCUGGUCAAAAGUGACUUCGAAGAACAUCAGCAGCUACCCACUAUGUCUGAAGCGGAUCGCAUUGGACCCGACUACCACCCCAAGCGCAGCUUUGGAGAGAAGUGUCGCCGCUUCGUGAAGGCCUUCACCACCAAGGAUGGCCUCAUCGGCACAUACGACUAUGCAUUCCUCUUCAAGCCGAACCUGCCCUUCAUGAAGAAGGAGCGGCGAGCGGCGCCCUUCUUCGGCCUCCAUGACAAGAUGCCCGUACUCCUGGCUCUGCUUCUCGGCUUCCAGCAUGCCCUGUCCAUGCUGGCAGGUGUCAUCACGCCGCCUAUCAUUCUCUCGAGCGCCGCUCAUCUUACACCCGAUGUGCAGCAAUACCUGGUCUCGACCUCGUUGCUUGUCUGCGGUAUCUUGUCUUCAAUCCAGAUCACCCGCUUCCACAUCUGGCGCACUCCCUACUACAUUGGAACCGGCUUGAUCUCCGUCGUCGGUACAUCAUUCGCAACGAUUCCCGUGGCCACUGGAGCUCUCACACAGAUGUACGCCACUGGCUACUGCCCUUCAGCUGCGGACGGCACUCCCCUGCCUUGCCCCGACGGCUACGGCGCAAUCAUCGGUACCGCAUGUGUGUGCGCUCUUCUCGAAAUCCUCAUGGCCUUCACUGCCCCAAGGAUCCUCAAGCGCAUCUUUCCGCCUCUGGUGACCGGUCCGACCGUCAUGCUCAUCGGUGUCAAGCUUAUCCAGUCCGGCUUCUCGAACUGGGCGGGCGGCAGUGGAGACUGCUCGAAAAGGCCAGAGACGGGACUCUUCCAGCUGUGCCCCAAUAUCAACGCGCCGCAUGCUCUUCCCUGGGGCAGCGCCGAGUUCAUUGGCCUCGGCUUUUCAGUCUUCAUUACGAUCAUCAUCUGCGAACGUUUCGGUGCCCCUAUCAUGAAGUCCACAGCCGUCGUCAUUGGCCUCCUUGUUGGUUGCAUCAUCGCUGCAGCAUGUGGUUACUUCGACCGCACCAGCAUCGAUGCUUCGCCCGCAGCAUCCUUCAUCUGGGUCCACACCUUCAAGCUCUCCGUUUACGGACCAAUCGUCUUACCACUAUUAGCAGUGUACAUGGUGCUAGCCAUGGAAGCUAUCGGCGACAUUACCGCCACCUGCGACGUCUCCCGCCUCGAAGUCGACGGCGAGCUCUUCGACUCCCGCAUUCAGGGAGGUGUGCUGGCCGAUGGUCUCAACGGCAUCAUCGCGGGUCUCUGCACCAUCACUCCCAUGUCGACCUUCGCGCAGAACAACGGCGUUAUUGCGCUCACGCGCUGCGCGAACCGCAAGGCGGGAUACGCUUGUUGCUUCUGGCUGAUUAUCAUGGGUAUCUUUGCUAAGUUCGCGGCUGCGCUUGUUGCAAUCCCGUCGGCGGUGCUUGGUGGCAUGACCACGUUCCUCUUCUCUGCCGUUACGGUGUCUGGUAUCAGGAUUAUCAGCACGAUGCCGUUCACGCGCCGCAACAGGUUCAUCCUCACCGCGGGCUUCACGCUAGGCUUCGGCGCUACAAUGGUUCCUACCUGGUUCUCCUACGUCUUCACCUACGACGGCCCCAACCGCGCCCUCCUCGGCUUCUACAACGCCAUCGAGCUGGUCAUGGAAACCGGUUUCGCCGUCGUUGCCUUGAUCACCGUCAUCCUGAACCUGAUCCUGCCCGAGGAGAUUGAAGACGAGGAGACACCGGAGAUUACGGCGAAUGAGGCGGACGACCAGCAAGAUAAGGAGGAGUGGAAUAGGAUUCAAAGAGGCAAGAAGCUGAGUGAUGAGGAGGGGAGGGAUAGCAGUGAGAUUGCGCCGGCAAAGGCGUAGAGAAAAGUUGUCGAGGGUUCAGUGCAGUGGACUACAUUCGGCUUGGGAUUGGCGAAGAAGAAGAAGGCAAAAGGGCUAGACGAGGGAUGACGGGCUUAUAUGACUGACGGGUUGUAGAUAUGGCUGCGCACUUGUUACUUAUGAUUUUGCAUACGUUGCAUAUACCCUCACUAUUCAUUCCAA